CACAUUCACAUGCUGCGUUUUCUUAAUUUGGCACUCCCUUGGCGGGGGAAAAAAAGAAGACACUAUGGACACCUUUUUUCCACAACGGUCACGUUGGGAACAUUUCGAAAUAUGGAACAAGAAAUAACCGAUGCUGUGUUUCCAAUAAUGACCACACUUGUUUCCAAAGACGUGGCAUUCCAAAAAACAGAACUCUUUAUCAAGAGGCUAAGUCUUGCAUUGCAGAAGAAAUUUGAGGGUCACUGGUACCCCGAAAAUCCCAGCAAGGGGGAAGCGUACAGGUGUAUACGAGUGAACCGGCACAACAGGAAUGACCCAGAACUCCUCCGGGCCUGCCACGAGAGCGGGCUGCGGUUCUGUGACCUGCGGCUGCCCCUUGACUUCACGCUGUGGAUAAACCCCGAUGUCCGAGUUGCUCAUCAGUACUACAAUCCCAUACAUUGCCAGCCUAUGGUCAGCUGUUUCCUCACCUUUAUAACGUGUUAUUUCUUGAGGAUUGGUGAGGAAAAUCCUCCGUUCUCAGUGGCUACCGUGGCUGCCAUGUAUGAGGAAUACUUAGGCGCACACCCGCCCAACACUUCGGACGACGAGAUGUCCGACUGCGACUCGUUUUCCUCCUCAGAUGGCGAGGACGCACUCUCUUGUUUUUCCAUGAGCAACUGCACACAGAACAAUCCCACCCGAAAGUAUGUAAACAUCAUGUCACUUUGGAGUUCUUUCUGAGGUAUGGAUGCAAUCGGUGAGGGUCCCCUGGCAGGUCUAUUAAUAGCAUUGUGGAGGUCUGCGUGUGCAGGAACGGUUGAUGUCAUCGCAAUGGCCUGCACACUUGAAAUGCGGAUUAGGGAAAAUUUAAACAUCCGCCCGCUCAGACGGGCCUGGAACAUGUGAACGAAAAAGACAACUUUAAAGUGAGUGGGAUUCCGGUUUCCUUUAUUCAAGGAAGAAAACCACAGACAUGGUUACUGAUGAUUUGAUUGGUGUCAUUGAUUUUCAUUUUGAUUCAAGUAAAAAUAAUCAUGCUAAUAGUACUUUUGUAUUUCUGUAAAGGCAGUUGGAAAAAACCUUAUGCUCACAUUCCAGAACCAGCAGAGGACGUUGUUUCCCUCCCGAAAAUUUAGACUUGUAAGUUUUAAAUACCUCCUGGUGAGAGGUGUGAGGGUGUAAUUGUUGACAGAAAUGACUAUUUCCAAUACAUUUGUGUGUGUUUUUUUAAUUUAUUUUUUAUGUGGAGCGAAAUAUGUAUUACCAAUAUAUAGUUUUGCUUAAGGAAUCUUGGUGCUUACGAUUCUCGUGUGCGCUGACAAAGAGGCCUUCUGAGACACACUUCAACGUUGCAAUGUGACCUCUGAACUCUGUGGGUGUGGCGGCCGGAUUCCACAAAUCCAUUGGAGUUUGUCUGCACAGUUUACACACACACAAAAUCAAAUCAAAAAAAUAACCCAGGAAAAUUAUUAGUGUUCGUGAUGAAUCAAUGUCACAAUGUUUUUUUUCCUUCUUCUUCCCCUGUAUCUGACACAUUUGGACAAUAA